UUUUGGCUUUGCUGAAUGCUGAUGUGGAAUAUGAAUUUAUCUUUUUCAUUUUUUUAAUAAUUUAUUUGCAAAUACGUUUUAAUUUUUGUUUUAUUUACAGCCCUUUUGAUCUAAAUGUUUGGUUGCCCAGAAAAUCAAAGAGGACAAGAAAAAAAAGGAAGCAAAAGAAGUGAAAAACUUUUGUUGUUUCUGGCAGCUGAAGAAGAAUCGUUCAUGGCUUUCUUUGCUUGCUAAACAUUCACUGACCUUCACAAUAUUACUUCGUUUUAAAGUGAUGAUGAGAUUCAGGAAGGGAGCUAAAGUUGAAGUGUUAAGCAAAUCAUCGGUUCCAUCUGGUGCCUGGAGGUCCGCAGAGAUAAUAUCGGGAAAUGGGCAUUAUUACACUGUCAUGUAUGAUAGAGAUGAUGUUGCCGUGAGGGUGCCGAGGAAGAGUAUGAGGCCCCAGCCUCCUCGUUUACAAGUCCUAGAUUCUUGGGCUCCUGGUGACAUUCUUGAGGUUUUCGAAAGUUGUUCGUGGAAGAUGGCUAUCGUUUCCAAGGUUUUGGAGAAAGGUUCUUUCUUGAUCAGAUUACUUGGUUCCUCACUGAAGUUCAAGGUAGCCAAAUCCGACAUUCGGGUCAGACAAUCUUGGCAAGACAACGAGUGGAUCAUGAUCGGACAGGGUACAUCAAGAUUAAGCGCACAGACUUCAACAGGAGAGCUAAGGAGAAAGGUGAAUCCGAAAGGCGACUACAUUUCAUCUGAGAGCAAAGACAAGCUUGAUGAGUCUGGUGUACUUUUGUCAAAAGGUCUCAAGAAACGGACCUACUCUUUGGUUGAACCGCACAUUCAAACUAGAGCUUUAGCUGCUUAUCCUCCAAAGUUUCGCGAAGGAGAAGAGGAGGAAGAAGAUAGACAGAGUGUUGCUUCUUCUGUUGGUAGUUGUAGCAUGGAUACGGAUGGUCUCAGUGCUGUUUCAUUCAGUCCCAUAGAAACUGGUAACACUAGUGACACAGAGUCAUCGUCUUGUGGCUACCGAAGCAUGAAGAUCAAGAAGUUGGAAAGAAAAAGCUCAGAGGCAGCUGAUGUUCAUAGGUUAGAGUUGGAUGCAUACCGAUGCAGUAUCGAGAGGUUGCACGCAUCUGGACCAAUAAUAACUUGGGAACAAGAAACGUGGAUUACAAAUCUCCGUCUCAGAUUGAACAUUUCGAAUGAGGAACAUCUGAUGCAGAUAAGAAACCUUAUCUCUGAUGACAACAGUACAACAUACAGAUAGCAGCAACAGCAUUGACAACUAGAAUUUGUUGUUACAUAGGAUAAACUUGAGCUAGGUUGUACAAAUGUCUGUCACUCUAUUUUCCAUUCAGGUUUUUUAUUAUUCCAAACUUGUGAAUGUAAAUGCGAAUAUCUUUCUUUUCUUUGUGUUGGACUUGAGGAAAACUUGCAAUGUACAUAUGAUUCAUGCCAUGGCCUAUGAAUCUAUGAGAGAUAACAUUAGAGA